CCUUGUGUGAAGUGAAUCACACGUGAUGUUUUGGAAGCCAAAAAAAAUCACAUGGACUGUGAUGGAGCCCACCUGUAAACAAACAGGAUUGGUCACAAAUUCAAAGCCUGGAUUUCUCCAAGUUUUUCAAUCCAUGGACCCCCUUAAGGAGAGAAAUUUUGAUGAGCGCCUCACAAUCUAAAGGCCAAUUAAAAAUGACUCUCACUGCGCCCCCUUAAUUGCCAUGGCAGCUGGGAUCAAACCGGGGUCCAUCUGGUUCAAGUCAAGCCAAAUCUUGAAAGGCGAGGCCCGAUGUACUGAAAACCCACUGGAAGCGCAUCAUCUGCAUGUUCCGGAGAAGACAGUGGUUUUGGUCUUGGAAGGGCGGUCCCACAGCAAUCGGAGGUUCUGUGGCACAUCCUGGCAUCUCUUUGCCGACCACACCCAGCAGCGUGUGGAUGGCGAGCCUGUGUCUGUGCUUCACACGGGCCGAGGCGCACAUUUGGGCGUGGAUGCUCAACAUGCCGCACAGUCCGCCCAAAGAUGGGGCCGUGGCGCUACGGGACGGGGCGCCCCCUGCCAGAGCCACCACGGCGGCGUGUGACCACGACAGGGCUUGUGGGCGAGGUUUCUCCUGUGACCGUCACUUUGGCCUGUGCGUGCCCCUCCGCGGGGAGGGGUACUACUGCCGCAGGGACGCCCAGUGCGUGCGGGGCCUCAGCUGCAUGUUUGGCAAGUGCCACCGCAGCGUUCCCAAUGGGCAAGAGGGCGCCCGAUGCAAGUUGGACCGGGACUGCGGAGCAUCUAUGUGCUGCGCCCGCCACCACGGCGAGCGCGUGUGCAAGCGUCGGCUGAUGCGCGGCGACGGAUGCUACGUCCCCGACGGCGGCCUGGCGUUCAGCAUCAACCAAAUCUGUCCAUGCGACGAAGGGCUGCUGUGUCGGGAGAAUGUCGUCCCGCGGGGGAGAGAGAGGGAUUUUAUUUCCCAGACAGAGCGCACAAACUGGACGUGCCAAGUUCCCGAACGCUAACACCAAGCUCAAGAUGAAACGUUAUUUAUUAACUCCACUGUACAGGAUAGUGUAUAUAAAAGUUGUUGUUCCCACCCCACAUUGUUUUGAUUGUUUCUUUUUUUUAAUGUUUUUUUGACGUGAAGCACUACACUGACCUGUUGUCAUAGUAACACGCGUCUGCUGUACUCCAAAAGAACCAAUUAAAAAAAAAGUCCCAUUAUGAGUCACAUUUUGGUCCUUCUUUUAUUUUUU